AUGAGACUCUGCGAGGUUGGAUACGCGCACCUUCUUCAAACAGAAAAGGCGGAAAAGGCGGAAAAGUCGGGGAAAAUGGAGAAAGUGGUGGAAGGAGUGAAUGGGUUCGGCGAGGAUGCCUCCGCUUCCUCUUCCCUGCAGUCGCAUGACGAUAGCGCAAUGGAACGUCUCCGUAGCCGAUGCAAAGACCUGGAGGACGAGAAACACGCGCUGACGAUUCAAGUGCAGGGCCAGACAGGGACGAUAGAAGUUUUGAAUCAGAGACUCAUCGAGUUCACGGCCGAAAAAAAUCGUCUGUUGGAGAAAAUGGCGAAGCAGGGAGCGCAAAAGCCUGCGGAUCUAUCGGGCACCGACGAGAAACUGAGGAACCUGAUCCAGGAGAAGGCUGCCCUCGAAGAUCGGAUCCAAGACCUGGAAGGUAAGACGAGCCUUCUGACCCUUCAAAUCGCGGAUUUGGAGGGGGAAAAGUCCGCGCUCGUGAAUCGCCUCGAGGAGAUGGCACAAGAGACGGGGACGCUGUCGGCGCAAAUCCGGGAUUUGCAGGGAGAGAAAUCCCUGAUGGGGGACCGUGUCAGGGAGCUCGAAGAGGAAAAGGAAUCCCUGAAAGAUCUUGUCAAGGGUCUGGCGAAUGAGAAAUCUUCUCUCGAGAUGAGCAUCGAGAAAUUGCAGACCGAGAAGAGUUCGUUGGAAAACUGGGUCGAUGAAAUUGAGGGUGAGAGAUCCUCUCUAUUACGACUUGUCAAGGAACGAGAGGAUGAAAAAUCCGCCUUUGUUGGCAUGCAAAAGGAAAACUCCGAUCUUCUGACUCACAUCCGGGAGCUCCAGGAAGAAAACGAUUCCCUGGGAAAACGUGUCGGGGAUCUGGAAGAGGAAAAGUCGUGUCUGGCAGAUCAAGUGAAAAAUCUGGAGGAAGGAAAAUCUCAACUCGGAAUGUCUGGCUCUAAACUGGAAGAAGAAAAUGCUUGUUUCAAGACCCAGGUGAAAAACUUGGAGGAAGCGAAUUCUCUGCUGGGAACGUCUGUUUCAGAACUGAAGGAGGAAAAGGCUUCUCUCAAGACCCAGGUGAAAAGUCUAGAGGAAGGGAAGUCUCAACUCGAAAUGUCUGUUUCAGAGCUGGAAGAGGAGAAGGAUUCUCUCAGGACCCUGGUCGAGGGACUUGAAGGGGAAAAAGAGGCUCUGACGACCCGAAUCAGGGAUUUGCAAGAGGACAGAACGGCUCUCGAGAACAGCCUUCAAGUCAUUCGCACCGAGAAAUCCUCGCUCGAGAAUCGAAUCAAAGAGUUGGAGAACGAAAAGUCAACCUUGUCCGAUUCCGCGCAGGCCAUGGAAGAGGCUAAGUCUUCGAUGAUCGGCAAAGUCAAGGAAAUGGAAGCCGAAAGAUAUUUAUUCGAGAGUCGCAUCAAGGAUCUCGAGAUGCAAAAGGCCUCUCUGGAAAGCAAGAUGAUCGAAAUCAAGGAAAGAAAAUGUUCAACCUGCGAGAAACAUGCAAACGGAGAAGCCAACGCAGUGCUGCUCCGUCAAGACAAGAUUCCCAAUCUGGCAUCUGGGCUUCAGCCGACGUCCAGAGGCCCCAGAAGCGUCCUUCAAACUGUGGGAUCUGGAGUCAAGUAUUUCUUCAGUAUUUGGGCAGGUCUGACGCCCCCAUGUCCCCCUCCUCUGCGGUAGAGGUGUAAAAUAUUUUGUAUCAGAACACCUAUGUCUUUUUUCUGUUCUUUUAGAGUUGCCAGUACAAGUGCAAUAUUGACUGAUUGCUCGUAUUUUUCCCCC